AUGCCCUCGUCGCGCCGGCGCGCCCCAGAAGCGCCACCCCGAGGUUGGCCCGGCUGCCCCGGAUGCCCGUGCGGCGCGCCGGUCGUCGGCCCUAGCCGUAGAGACGGCGUCUUCCGUCACCCAGACGCGCCAGCUGUGGCGCUUUACACGGACGCCGGCUCGAAACCUGGACGCCUCCCCACUAGCCACGAUUGCUGCGCGCGGAAGGUGUCGAUGGCGCUUUCGAGCCUACAACACCCGUCGGUAUUAGCGCAAACCAUCCUCUUCCCGCCAGGCAUGCCAUGA